AUGCUAAAACUACUUCAGAAACCAGGACCUCGCCUAGCCAGACGCCAAUAUCAGCAUUUAGCGGGCAAAUUGCUCGCCUCAAAUCAAAGGUGGCAGUCCACUGUGCCGACCGUGGAGCUACCUCCAGACACUAUUUCAAUUGUACCAUCAGUGACAGAACUCACGAAGCCAGAGUUCUACAAGACAGAUUUGGAGGGUUCGCUUGUGGGUCAUUUACUCAACAGAGGCCUUGUGGAGUCACUCACCAGUGACGAUUUGUACAAGCUCACUGAGGCCAACGCCAAAAAGAUGAAGCUCUACUGCGGUGCUGAUCCCACAGCUGAAUCCUUACAUUUGGGUAACUUGCUUCCUCUAAUGGUUCUUCUCCAUUUCGUGUUACGAGGCCAUGAUGCCGUUGGCCUUGUUGGUGGUGCCACUGGUGCAGUUGGUGACCCCAGUGGAAGAAAGACCGAGAGAACUUUGAUUGAUAAUCAGGAAAGAGCCGCUAAUGUGGAGAAGAUACAAUCUCAGAUUAAAAGUUUCUUGGCCAAUGGCGUUAAGUACGCUGAAUCUAGACACAUUGAAGCUAAAGGAGUAGGCAAAAUCCACAGUGCUAACAAUGCUUCAUGGUGGAAGUCAAUCUCAUUCCUCGACUUCUUAUCAACUUACGGAACUCACAUACGAGUGUCUCAAAUGCUUGCAAGAGACUCCAUUCUGUCUCGUUUGCAAUCUCAGCAGGGCAUUGGCUUCAACGAAUUUGCAUACCAGGUCUUGCAGGCUUACGACUUUUGGCAUCUCUUCAAAACUGAAGGCGUGAACGUUCAGUUAGGAGGAAACGAUCAGUGGGGUAACAUAACUGCUGGUGUUGACUUCAUUUCCAGAGUUCAGCGCCUGUCUGGUGGGGUGGGUAAAGAAGGCAAGGAAUUGCCUGCUUACGGGAUGACCGUCCCUUUGUUGACAACUGCUUCAGGAGAGAAAUUUGGCAAGUCCGCUGGAAACGCUGUGUUUAUUAGUAGCAAGCUUACUACCCCAUACCAGCUUUAUCAGUAUUUCAUCAACUCGCCCGAUGAUCUUGUCAGUAAGCUUUUGAGAGCACUCACUUUGUUGCCAACAGAGGCUAUUGAUGCGAUAGUAUUGCGCAAACAUGAAGAAGACCCUGGUAACAGAAUUGCUCAAAGAGUGCUCGCCAGGGAGGUUGUUGACAUGAUUCAUGGCCCUGGUGUAGGAGAUGAGAUGGCUUACAUCACUAGCUUCUUGUUCCCCACUCCAGACCAGCCAUUUGACGAUGACCUUACCGCGGACAAGUUAAUCAGUAAAUUCAGAAACUCCGGAAUCUUGCAAAGAAUUCUGCUUGGCUCGUUCAGUAACCCAGACGAUUUGAAGAUGAGCACAUUGCUUUCCAAGAUCCUCAACAAGUCAAAGAAUGAAACCAAGAAUCUUAUAAAGGGUGGAGGCAUUUACUUCGGUGUGAACAGAGACCAAUUUGUUGAUCCAGAUGACGUCGUUCUUUUUGAUAAAGAAAACCACUUGAUGGAUGAGAAGUUGUUUCUCAUCAGAACCGGUAAACAGAACUACCACGUCGUUGAGGUGACUGAAUAA